UGAGUCUGCCUGGUGAGCUUGUGAUUGUUGGUGAGAGACAACCAGUAAACCUAUGUUGCACCAGGACGGGAUCAUUUUUGGUGAAUUAACUUUCAUCUGAUUUUACGUUCACUCUGCACCAACGAGUUUUCCCAAUUGUUUUACAAGUGAACGAAAUUUAUGCGAUGAAAGUACACACCCUUUUUGCACUUUUCAUUCACGUCAUCCACUUUUCAUUCUGUACAAAUGUGAAGAUAAACUUCCGAGAAAAAGAGAAAGAAGUCUUGGACCAAAUUCUGGGUCCCGGACGUUACGAUGCCAGAAUUCGACCAUCGGGUGUAAACGGCACAGAUGGUCCAGCAAUUGUCAGUGUCAACAUAUUUGUGAGAAGUAUCUCAAAGAUAGAUGACGUGACAAUGGAAUACAGUGUGCAACUGACAUUCCGAGAGCAGUGGCUGGAUGAAAGGCUGAAAUUCAAUGAUUUUGGAGGAAAGCUGAAAUAUCUGACGCUAACUGAGGCGAACAGAGUAUGGAUGCCUGAUUUGUUCUUCUCGAACGAGAAGGAAGGACAUUUUCACAAUAUCAUCAUGCCAAAUGUCUACAUUCGUAUAUUUCCUUAUGGAUCAGUAUUAUAUAGUAUAAGGAUUUCGCUCACUCUUUCCUGUCCAAUGAACCUAAAAUUGUAUCCACUGGAUCGGCAAAUAUGUUCCUUGAGAAUGGCAAGCUACGGUUGGACAACGGAUGAUUUGGUCUUCUUAUGGAAACAAGGAGACCCAGUACAAGUGGUCAAAAAUUUACACCUACCCAGAUUCACAUUGGAAAAGUUCUUGACCGAUUAUUGUAACAGUAAAACUAUCACAGGCGAAUACAGUUGUUUGAAAGUAGAUUUUCUAUUCAAGCGAGAAUUCAGUUAUUAUUUGAUCCAAAUCUAUAUACCAUGUUGUAUGUUGGUGAUAGUAUCGUGGGUGUCGUUCUGGUUAGACCAAGGUGCUGUGCCCGCUCGAGUAUCACUUGGUGUAACAACCCUGUUGACCAUGGCCACGCAAACCUCUGGCAUAAACGCAUCGUUGCCUCCAGUGUCGUACACCAAGGCCAUCGACGUUUGGACAGGUGUAUGCCUCACUUUCGUUUUCGGGGCCCUGUUGGAGUUCGCCUUGGUCAACUACGCCUCCAGAUCGGACAUGCACCGAGAGAACAUGAAGAAGCAAAGACGCCAAUGCGAGCUCGAACACGCCGCAUCUUUGGACGCCACCUCCGAUUUGAUCGAUACCGAGAACGCCACUUUCGCCAUGAAACCACUAGUGAGACAUCCUGGAGACCCGAUGAGCUUGGAAAAAGUUCGCCAGUGCGAAAUCCAUAUGCAACCCGCUCGUCCCAACUGUUGCAAAUCCUGGCUGUCGAAGUUCCCAACAAGGUCCAAGCGAAUCGACGUGAUCUCGAGAAUUACAUUUCCACUAGUGUUUGCGUUGUUCAAUGUUAUAUAUUGGUCAACUUAUCUCUUCCGAGAAGAAGCCGAAGAAUCCUAAAUCAUAAACAGACAUCAUUGUGAUUUUUCCAUAAGUGUAAAUAUACCAGUUACCAUGGACCACAGUUUCAUUUGUUUGUUUCAUGUUAUCGAUAUAUUAUUCAGAGUUGCAAUAAAGCGCAUACGUUGUUGAACAUGAACAUGGAUUAGAAAGCACACGUACGGUAUGAUUAUGUAAUAAAUUUUGUAAUGUUAAACA